GACACGUGUUGAGUGGCCGCCGAUGAUGGAUCUUAAUGAUGCUAUGCAAUUUGUGUACAAGGUGAAGAGUCGAUUUCAGCUUACUCGUGAUCGUCAUUUUUAUGCACGGUUUCUAGACAUAUUUAUAAAGUAUAGAAAUGGAGAAAAUACUGCUGCUGAUGUCUAUCGAGAGGUUACUUUAAUUUUGGAAGGCCAUGAUGAUCUCAUUGAUGAGUUAAGAAUGUUUUUGCCGUACACGGCUAACGUUGUAUGAGCUAUUCAAGACCAAAACUGUUGCAAUUAUGUAAAACUAGGGUUUGAAUUUGGGAAUAAUCUAGUUUUUUUUUUUAUAAGCAUGGCAAUAAUCUAGGGAUUUUUGAUACAAUUUUAAUGUUUGUAAUUUGCAAGAUUUUGUAAGCUGCCGUUUCAAUAGGAUUUA